AUGAAUACCCUGCAGAUCCCGAGCGGCGACCGAAAUCUCGAAAUCUUGAAGCAUGAACAUGAGACAAGAAGUGAAUCUCAUCGACUGCAAAUCCGCGCAAUGCAGCGGCUACAGGGAGCCCUGGACAACGAUAUUCUCACGGCGGCCAGGAAGUUCUUAGAGCAAGGAGUGCCGCCUCAGGUGGAUGAAUUGUAUACCGCCCUGCAGAGAUCAAAUUCUAGUCUGAAGCGUAGACCGAAAAAGGUACUCCACAGCAGUUUGGAGAGGGUCCUCGAUUUUCUAGGCAUACCAGAAGAGCCAGGCGACGACUCAGAUGCAGCUAUAGAACAGCGUAUGCCAGAGGAUACCACAGCCGAUAUCAUGAACCGAUCCCUGCGAGCGAAUCUUGCCCCGACACCAGUAGAGGCCGACUCGACACCUCAAAAGCGGCGAACAGCUAAUGGAGAACCGCUUCCAAAACGACAGAAGGCUGAGAAGCCCUCUCCUGGCACGGCACCAACUGAUGUGUCACUUGACGACAUCGGUGGUAUUGACGAAAUCAUCGACCAGAUGGAGAGAUUACUGGUCCGACCACUGCUAGCACCUCAAACGUAUGCUGAAAUGCAUGUACCCAUCCCCAGGGGAAUAUUGCUCCACGGACCACCAGGGUGCGGGAAGACGAUGUUAUCUCGAGCUUUUGCAGCUGAGAUGGGCCUGCCAUUCAUCGAGAUCUUGGGUCCUUCGAUCGUGUCUGGAAUGUCUGGAGAGUCCGAGCGUGGGCUGCGCGAACGAUUUGAGGAAGCGAAAAAGAACGCGCCUUGCAUUAUUUUUCUAGACGAGAUCGAUGCUAUUGCGCCGAAGAGGGAUACGAGUCAGAGUCAGAUGGAGAAGAGGAUCGUUGCGCAAUUACUUGUGAGCAUGGAUGACUUGGAUCGGGAUCAGAGUAAACCUGUCAUCGUGCUGGCUACUACGAAUCGUCCCGAUGCUAUUGAUCCGGCACUACGGCGAGGUGGUCGUUUCGAUACGGAGAUCAACAUACCUGUGCCCAAUGAGGGCAUACGAGAGCAUAUCCUACGAGCUCAAACGAGGAGGGCACCCAUUUCAGCGGAUGUAGACUUCAAGCAGCUCGCCAAACGCACAGCAGGAUUCGUUGGCUCCGACCUACACGAUCUAGUCGGCAAAGCCGGAUCCUGGCAACUCGAACAAUAUUUCUGCGCCAUGAAAGCCCAAGGGCAGGAUAUGAACAUGGACAUCGAUUCCAGCCCCGAGACCGCCGGUAAAAGAGUCAAGCGCUUUAUCGCGCGCCUCAAACGAACCGACAUCCCAAAACCUCCAGGCUUCGAAGACAACAAGAUCGCAAUGUCAGCUUUCGAUGCCGUCCUCCCUCAUAUCACGCCUUCCUCCAAGCGAGAAGGUUUCGCAACCAUCCCCGACGUCUCCUGGUCCGACAUCGGGGCCCUCCAAUCUGUACGGGAAGAACUCCAAACCGCCAUCGUCGAACCCAUCCGCGACCCAGACCUCUACGCCUCCAUAGGCAUCACGGCCCCAGCCGGCGUUCUCCUCUGGGGGCCCCCCGGAUGCGGCAAAACACUACUAGCUAAGGCCGUAGCGGCGGAGAGUAAAGCGAACUUCAUUUCAGUCAAGGGACCGGAAUUGAUCGAUAAAUUUGUCGGCGAGAGCGAGGCAGCUGUCCGGAGGGUCUUCAGUCGGGCGAGGAGUUCAGUUCCUUGUGUCAUAUUUUUCGACGAACUGGAUGCGUUGGUUCCGAGGCGUGACAGCGCUGUAUCGGAUAGCAGUGCGAGAGUGGUCAAUACCCUGCUCACGGAACUCGACGGUCUGAGCGAUCGGAAAGGAAUCUUCGUUAUAGCGGCUACGAACAGACCGGAUGUUAUUGAUGAGGCUAUGAUGAGGCCUGGGAGGCUGGAGACGCCAUUGUUUGUUGAUUUGCCGGGUCCCGAGGAGAGAGUGGAGAUCUUGAAAGCGUUGUUACGUGGUAAACCUAUUGGGAAGGGCGUCAGUGGUGUGGAAAUGCCACUCGAACAUGGAGACUCGACUGGGGUCCUCGCCUCGAUUGUUGCAUUGGCUCGUACGGAGGCGUGUAAAGAUUAUAGUGGAGCGGAUCUCGGGGCGCUGGUCAGGCAAGCGGGAAUGGCCGCAAUCAAGAGGAAGUCUCGAUACAUGGAAAUCGAGGACUUUCGUAUGGCUACCGACAAGAUCAAGGGUUCGGUGGGGGAUAUGAAGAGGUAUUAUAGGCUGAGGGAUAAGUUCGGGAAAUCUUAG